UUUCUUCUCCUUUUCUUCCAGUGGGAGUGUGAAGUUUUUGGGAAGGAGGAAAAGUUCGCUUGGAAACUUGAGGACAUGCGGCGGCGUCCUCGGCGAACUACGAACAGCAAGAACGAGAAUGAAGUGACUCACAUUGGGUCCACAUCGAGUAAAGAUGCAAGCCGCCGCCGCCACAUCGCUGCUUGUGCUGCUCUCUGUUGUCCGCCUACACCUCGGCUGCUGUGGUUAUCGGGACGAACGUCGCGUUGACGGGAAAGACGAUGUAGAGAACGACACCGCGGCGGCGAAGGGUGGCAGGAAGCAGCCGCACAUCAUCUUCAUCCUCAUCGACGAUCAGGGCUUCAACGACAUCGGCUACCACAACCCCAGCAUCAAGACGCCCACGUUGGACAAGUUGGCGGCGGAGGGCGUUAAACUGGAGAACUACUAUGUCCAGCCCAUCUGCACGCCUUCACGCAGCCAGCUACUCACCGGCAGGUACCAGAUCCACACGGGUCUCCAGCACUCUAUCAUUAGGCCAAGCCAACCCAGUUGCCUACCACCGCACUUGGACACACUCCCGCAAAGGCUGCGACAGGCCGGCUAUGCCACGCACAUGGUGGGGAAGUGGCAUCUCGGAUUCUACACGAAGGCGUGCCUGCCCACCAGAAAAGGCUUCGACUCCUUCUUUGGAUCCCUCACAGGAAGUGUGGACUACUACAGUUACGGGUCGUGUGACGGCCCCGGCUUGUGCGGUUACGACCUCCACGACAACGAGAGCGUGGCCUGGGGUCACGAGGGCAAAUACUCCACCACACUCUUCACGCAGCGAGCUCGCAAGAUCCUCCAGAGUCAUGAUCCCACACGCCAACCAAUCUUCCUGCUCCUUUCCCUGCAGGCUGUGCACACGCCGCUGCAGCCGCCCAAGUCGUACAUCUACCAGUACCGCGACAUGGCCGACGUGGCGCGACGCAAGUUCGCCGCCAUGGUGUCAACGGUGGACGAGGCGGUGCGCAACGUGACCUACGCGCUGCGCAAGUCGGGCUUGUACCGCGACAGCGUCAUCAUCUACUCCACUGACAACGGUGCGCAGCCCUUCACGGGCGGGAGCAACUGGCCGCUUCGGGGGCGAAAGGGUACGUACUGGGAGGGCGGUAUCCGUGGCGUGGCGUUUGUGCAUAGCCCGUUGCUUCGGCGGCGGAGGCGUGUGUCAAACGCACUCGUUCACAUCACCGACUGGUUCCCGACCUUGCUCGCGCUCGCUGGAGGAAACGUCAGCCAGAGCCAAGGUCUGGACGGGUUUGACGUCUGGGGCGCCAUCAGUGAAGGCAAAGUGUCUCCUCGCCAGGAGAUCCUGCACAACAUUGACCCUCUGCACAAGGCCCCCACGCCCACCCGCGGUGGGGAUGUGCCACGUGGAGCCAAAGGAUUCAAGAAGCCCAAGAAGAAGCAAAAGAAAAAGAAAUUCCUGAAGCAAAGGCCCAAGCAAAAGUCUGCGUUCAAAUCAUCAAAGUUCAGAGCCACAAAGUUGUACUCCAAGGUCAAAGGUCGCCCGGACCGGGCCAUCACUCGCUCGUCCAAGUCCAGAAGGACGACGUAUCCAGAGCACAACCUGUCAUGGCCCGAGAGCAAGCUCCAGUCACGUGUCAAGGACAAACGCUCUCCUCAGCCUGCAGAUGGCAGCAACGAGCUCUUCGAGUUGCCCGUGUGGGACACCUCGGUGCAGGCGGCCAUCAGGGUCGGAGACUGGAAACUGCUUACCGGAGACCCCGGACAUGGAGAGUGGGUCCCGCCACAGGUCCUGCCGACACUGGCGGGCCGCUGGUGGAACUUGGAGCGAGCGCUGCCAUCACUACGGAGCCAAAACGGCAGUGAGGGGGUCAAAAGCAUUUGGCUCUUCAACAUUAGCGCCGACCCCUAUGAGCGCUUGGACCUUUCCCGCAGGCGCCCGGAGGUGGUGCGCCACCUACUGGCACGCCUCGCCCACUACAACCGCACGGCCGUGCCUGUUCACUUCCCGCCCGAUGACCCGCGUGCCCACCCUGACAAACACGGUGGCGCCUGGGUGCCGUGGAUUGAUCAGAUCCAGGAACGAGACCUAGAUCAAGACCGAGCUAAGACGUAUCAACAGAAGGUCCAGCAGAAGAACAAAAAAUGCAGACUGUGCAAGCUCAAGGCGUUCUUCCACAAACUCAACACCAGAAUCAUGUCCAGUCGCAUUUGAUCCAUAUCACAACAGCAAUUACAUAAGACAACAUACAGGAAAAAUACAGUGACUAAAUUCGGACCAAUUGUUUCUCAAACAAAGCAUAAAAAAAUUCUACUACAUUCAAAUAAAAUAAUUUGUCUCUGAAAAUAUAAAAUUUUAAUCAAGAAGUACUGUUUUUUUCUUACUGUAGUUAACAUUUAAAUCGGGCUGCACACUUUUUGGAUGAAUCCUAAAUGUCCCUAUUUUAAGUCGAACACAUGACUGUUCUUAUUUAGAUUUGUGACACCUUCUGAAAUGUGGAUUGUUUACCACACUAUAUUCUUUCUAUUGUGUUGUGAGCGACAAACAUUUGUUUCAUUGUCAUUGUCAUAUCUUCAUCCACAAAUAUUUAUUGUCCUGACAAGUACUGUUUUCAGUACUUUUUACAAUACUGUUGCCAUCGGGUGAUGUCAGUGUAAAAUGUCUAUUAAACAUGCCUGCCACCACCCAA